UCUGCGUGUAGUGAGCGCUCGAGAGAGUAUUUCCACUGCACGAGAGAGUGAUUUACAACAGAGGCAAACCGCAGAGAGGGAAAGACACUCAUAUCAGCACAACCGGAGCAGUUUUCAAUGAAUUACCCAGCAGCAACAUGCGCUUCGCAGCCACGCCUGCCCUGAACAACACCGCAAACUAGGAUACAAGGUCCACUUCUUCUUCAUAUCUUCUCUGAACUCUGAAACCCGUAGAGGAGUGAGAUCAUGGCCCGCUUUUCCUCUGUCUUUCUGAGUCUCGUCCUGCUCUUGUCUCUGCCCUGGUCCUGCUCUCCUGAAUCUCAGAGGGAAGAGCCGUCCAUCCAGCCCUCCAUCAUUCCGGAAUAUUCCACUGAGCCCUACAGUAACCUGACGGAUGACGGCGCUGCGCUCAACAAGCCCUGCAGUGACCCAGUAGAGUGUAAACCUGGGAUCCUCCUGCCGGUGUGGAAACCCGUCAAUCCCGGUCUGGUGGAGCAGAUCGUCCGUGCCAUCAUCUACUUCGUAUCACUCAUGUACAUGUUUCUGGGAGUCUCCAUCAUCGCUGACAGAUUCAUGGCGUCUAUUGAGGUCAUCACAUCACAGGAAAAAGAGGUGACCAUCACCAUGCCGAAUGGAGAAACCUCAGUGGCCACAGUGAGAAUCUGGAAUGAAACGGUGUCCAAUCUGACUCUGAUGGCGCUGGGAUCAUCGGCUCCUGAAAUCCUCCUGUCGGUCAUUGAGGUCUGCGGUCAUGGGUUUAAAUCUGGAGAGCUGGGUCCGGGCACCAUUGUGGGCAGCGCUGCCUUCAAUAUGUUUGUGAUCAUUGGCAUCUGCGUGUGGGUGAUUCCUGAAGGGGAAGUGCGCAAGAUCAAGCAUCUCAGAGUCUUCUUCAUCACAGCCUUCUGGAGCAUCUUCGCUUACAUCUGGCUCUACCUGAUCCUGUCCGUCAUCUCACCUGGAAUCGUGGAGGUAUGGGAAGCUCUGGUCACUCUCUGCUAUUUCCCCGUCUGUGUGAUUCUGGCGUGGAUUGCUGACCGGCGCCUGCUUUUCUACAAGUACAUGUCCAAGCGCUACCGUGCCGACAAAAGGACAGGGGUUGUCGUGGAGACGGAGGGGGAAAUGACCCCGAAAGGGAUGGAGAUGAUGAUGGACGGCAAGUUUCCACUGAGAGCCGGAGACAUUGGAAUCGGCACACAGGAACAUUACCAGGAUGGGACCGGCCACACAACCGGCACCAUGGCAACGCUGCCCAACUCCAACAGCACCACCGUUUACAUGGACGGUGUCAAAGACCUGGACGAGAGCCGCAAAGAAGUGAUCCGUAUCCUGAAGGACUUAAAGCAGAAAUAUCCAGACAAGGAGUUGGAUCAGCUGGUGGAGUUGGCCAACUACUACGCGCUCCUCCAUCAGCAGAAAAGCCGCGCCUUUUACCGCGUCCAGGCCACGCGCAUGAUGAUCGGGGCUGGGAAUGUGCUGAAGAAACACGCAGCCGAUCAAUCUCGCCGUGCCGUGGUGGUAGGUGGAGACGAGGCGUUGGAGGAAGAAGACCUGGCUGUCUGCAGCCGCAUUUCCUUCGAGAGCCCACACAGCCAGUGCAUGGAGAACUGCGGAUCCAUCAUGAUACCUGUGGUUUGCCGUGGAGGUUUGGGGGAGAGUACUUUUUACGUCGACUACUGUACUGAAGACGGCACAGCCAACGCUGGCUCAGAUUACGAGUAUUGUGAAGGGACGCUGGUGUUCAAACCAGGAGAAACCAGGAAAGAUAUUAAGGUUGGCAUCAUUGAUGAUGAUAUCUUUGAGGAAGAUGAGCAUUUCUUUGUGCGUUUGCUGAACCUGCGUAUUGGUGAUGCCGAGGGCAUGUUUGAGAGUGAUGACAUGGAUCAGGGUCCCAAGGCCCGACUGGUGGAACCGCUGAUGGCCACAGUCACCAUCCUGGACGACGACCACGCAGGGAUCUUCACCUUUACAGACCGCAUGAUGCGGGUAAGCGAGUGCGUGGGCACCAUGGAGGUGACAGUGGUCCGAAACUCUGGCGCCCGCGGAACCGUGAUCAUUCCGUACCACACAGAGCCCGGGACAGCCCAAGGUGGAGGAGUCGACUAUGAGGACACACACGGAGAGCUGGAAUUCACCAAUGACCAGACAACUCAAACUCUUCAGGUGAGGAUCAUUGAUGAUGAGGAGUACGAGAAGCAUGAGAAUUUCUUCAUCGUUCUGGAGGAGCCGCGGUGGCUGAAGAGGGGGAUCUCAGCCCUGCUGCUGAACCAAGAGGAUGCAGAAGGUCAGUUGAGUGCAGAGGAAGAGGAGGCCCGGAGGAUUGCAGAAAUGGGCAAACCCGUCCUGGGGGAACACAGCCGGCUGGAGGUGGUCAUCGAGGAGUCUUACGAGUUCAAGAGCACCGUUGAUAAGCUGAUCAAGAAGACCAACCUGGCGCUGGUGAUCGGCACUCACUCCUGGAGAGAGCAGUUUGUGGAGGCCGUGACGGUCAGCGCAGGUGACGGUGAUGAAGAUGAUGAGGAGGGUCGAGAGGAGCAUCCGCCGUCCUGCUCUGAUUACGUCAUGCAUUUUCUGACGGUCUUCUGGAAGGUUUUGUUUGCGUUCGUUCCUCCCACCGAGUACUGGAACGGCUGGGCCUGUUUCGUGGUUUCCAUCACGGUGAUCGGGCUCCUGACGGCCGUCAUCGGGGAUCUGGCGUCGCACUUUGGCUGCACUGUGGGCCUGCGGGACACCGUCACCGCCGUGGUGUUUGUGGCGCUCGGCACUUCCAUACCAGACACAUUUGCCAGCAAAGUGGCUGCAAAGCAAGAUCAGUACGCAGACGCCUCCAUCGGAAACGUCACUGGCAGCAAUGCCGUCAAUGUGUUUCUGGGUAUCGGAGUGGCCUGGUCGGUAGCAGCCGUGUACUGGGCCGUCCAGGGAAAGCGAUUCAACGUGGACCCUGGCUCUCUGGCCUUCUCCGUCACCCUCUUCACUAUCUUUGCCUUCAUCUGCAUGGCGGUGCUGCUGUUCCGGCGCCGGCCGUCGAUCGGAGGAGAGCUGGGCGGCCCUCGAGUCUCCCGACUGCUCACUACACUCCUAUUUCUGGGUCUGUGGUUCCUCUACAUCCUAUUCUCCAGCCUGGAGGCCUACUGCCACAUCGAGGGCUUCUGAACAGCUUUCUUUUCCAACAUGCACUGAUGUUUACCCUCAAAUCGAGAGGCUCCGUUUUACGUGACACACAAAUUUGCACACACUUUAGGAAAACACGUGAAUUGCUGAACGCACUACUAAUAUCGGUAGAGAAUCUGAAGUUGUAGGAAUAAAAGAUGAGGAAGCAAAGCAUGUAGCAAAAGAGGGCAACGAUGAGUGUAAUGUAGUUAAAAAAGGAACGAUGCUGUAAAUUAGUCUUACAUCUUUUGGUCUCGAGGGAAGAAUUGACUUUCAAUUUGCAUUGUCACUAAACAGUUUUUUAUUUAUGGUUCAAGGGCACAAUUAAUCAGAGUAGAGAUUUUAAAAAAGAGUCCUCAGAACUAUAGUGACGCUAAUAAAAAUGCACAAGCGUUAACAGAUCAGCAGUUUUGCUUCAGCUCUCUGCAUCUAAAGCGAUCGCUGCUUGAGAGAUUGUACAAUACAACCACAGAGAUCUUGAGCUAAAGCCAAGACAGACUGGGCAACACACUGGACUUCAAGCAUGCGGAAUUACUUCAGAGCCUGCAAAGUGAAUAAGUCAUUCUCUAAUACUUAUUAUUUUAAGAAAUAACCCCGUUUAAAUAACAAUGUGCACCAAGUUGACAGUGUUAGAAUCAAAAGAGAAUCACAUCACAAUAACAAAAUAUUUGUUUUACGCUGUCUGGACGGGUUAUCACCACCGAGUGAUUCAGUUCUUUCAGUUGUGCCCUACAAUGGUAGAAAUUGUUUACAGUUUGUCAAAUAGUAAGAAAAGUAGUCUAACUUUAGGCUAGAGUAGGGCAGGGACAAUUUGAAGAGUAUACUACAUAUACAUUUAGUUUCACACGAACACAUAUCCGCUCAGUGUUAUGAUGCCUCUACAACUGAAAUCUUCUAAAAUGGAACACUGCUCUCAUCAUACGACGUCACGAUUGGAAUCUUCAUUCAUUUCUGUCGCCUAGAGACAACGGAACUCUCUUUGUGUUCGCUUUUAAAAGUGUCAGCGUAAAGAAACGCAUCGUCGUCUUCAUAUCUCCAGCAUCAUGUCGAAUCGGAGUACAGGAAUCGUUACUUUCCCACGUUAAGGAAAUAAAAGAUGUCUCUGUUGAUGUUUGCGGUGGCUCAUCGGUCUCCUCAAACUAAACUGUGGGAGUUUAUCUUGUAAAUACAGGUUUAUUAGAAGGACAAAUGAUUUGUUAACGUUAUUACGGUGCAAAAAAAAAAACCUGAUGCGUGUUCGCGUUCAUUUACGAGUUCUCAUGACAAGUCCCUGUACAGUUUCUUGGCAUUGUGUGAACCUGUCCGGGGCUGCUUGAACUACAGCGAUUGAUCGAUUUAUUGAGCUGCGCACUGAUUGGUUCUUUUAGCUGAUUAUUAUGCGUGGUGCUGAUUGGUCCCUGACAGAUUCACAAUAAAAUUGUUGUUUACGCGUGGAGCACUCAGGAUUGUGUUUGUACGUACGUUACGGAGAAUUGACGUGUUUUUAUGUCGUCGGCUCAUCUGUCUGUAGGUGUUUGUAAAAAAAAAAAACGUGUGUGUGUGCGUGUGUGUACUGUACCUGUGCUGUUCUUCAGGGCUGGACUUUUGUCUGUGGUCUAGUCAUUCGAAAUGCAUGAUGGAGAACUAUAUUGACAGAUCUGUAGUGGCAUGCUUUGACUCUGAAGACAUGCAUGAAUUUGAAGUUUACAAUGUUUGUUGCUUAAAGGGACAAGAUGAGAGUUUCUGUGAGAAUAGUGAUGGCUGCCUGUGUCGGGUCUUGCGUGAUAUUUUAAUGUGAAAAUGAGCAAUUUAUUUAUUUGAGAGCGGAUCAGGAUGUCCUAUUCUUUUCACGAAUGUCUUGUGAGGAAAAAAACAACACAGUUGAUCUGCAUUUUCAAGAAAAGACGACUAGCGUUUGCGUAUUUUUCACAACAUCCAUGCCUUUGUUUACAGUGCAGCAGAGAGAAAUAUGCUCUCCGGCUUACAGUAGAUGUGUGAAUGAAGCAUGAAAUGUUGUGUUAUACAUCAGCAUCAGCAUCAACUGGCUUAAAUAGACUGUUAAUCGCUAGGUAAAAAAUUCGCAAUGGGAGAUAAUCAUAUGCUGUGUCCCAAUUCGCAUACUAUCCAUCCUGAAGUAUAUUGGAAAACAAAAUGAGUGCAUCCCAAAUCACGGUUCCUUGAAAUGAGUGUUCCAAGGUUAUGGUCUACUAUUUCCAUGCUUACUGUAGUCUAGUGACUAAUAUUGCCCAUAUCACUGUGUUAGAUGAGAAUUUAAUUAGAACUACAAAUGUGGGUAAAGAGUGUUAACAAACUACAAAAAUGGCUGACGCUUGAAACAGUGCAGAAGCUUUGGCAAAGAUGUUAAUUAAAAUUUGAAAAAACUUGAAAAAAAAAAAAA